GCAGCCGUGUCAUUCACCGCUGGACUUUGACAGUAGGCAAAGGUACUACUUGUUUUCCCUGUCUCCUUCCAGCCCUGCUGAGAUCUCCACUGAGGUCAACCGGCUAUGUCCUUUGGAAACUGGAAGCCCACAGUGGUGGUCCAGGGUAUACUCUGGAUCCUGUAUGGAUUGCUGCUGCAGCCGGAGCCAGGGACAGCAACCCUGCCCCUGCUCAUGGACUCUGUCAUCCAGGCCCUGGCUGAGCUGGAGCAGAAGGCGCCAGCCACUGAGGCUGGCCAUAGUACCGCUGCAUGGCUGCUGUCAGCCCAGGGCUCUGGUACCCACAGUCCCCUCUAUCACUUCCUGCUGGAGGGGAAGAGUCUCAAUACCACCGAGCUGGAUCCUCCUUCGCUGAGCCCAGAGCUUCGAGGCCUGAUGGGAGAGGUGGCGAGACACAGCGUGCAGGAUGGGAAGGAAUAUGGGGUGGUACUAGCACCCGAUGGCUCGACCGUGGCUGUGGAGCCUCUUCUGGCAGGGCUUUGGGCAGGGCUUCAGGGACACAGGAUUGUAAACCUCUCUUUAGAGAGCACGGCCACCCCUCCGGAUGCUGGAGUCACCUUUCUAGACCUUGGGCCCACCUCCCCAGGGCUCAGCGAUGCCUCUCCUGAUGUCACCUCUGCGGAUGUCAGAGCCGUGUCUCCAAAUGUAAGCACCAAAGAUCUAGAUGUUGGAGCCACCUCUCCAGAAGUUAGACCUGGCUCUCCAGAUGUCCAAGCCUCCUCUCCAGAUACCAAGGCCAAGUUACCAACUGCUGUGGACAGCCUCCUCGUGGUCACCCUGGCCAGAGACCUGGGCCUGAACUUCCUCCAGGGCCCCCAGACCUGGAAUCAUUCUGGACUGGGAACUGAGGGAUGCUGGGACCAGCUCUCUGUUCCCAGGACCUUCACCCUCCUGGAUCCUGAGGCAUCACCCCUCACCACGGCCUUCCUCAAUGGUGCCCUGGAUGGAGCCCUCCUUGGAGACUACCUGAGCCGGACCCCUGAGCCCCAGCCACCCCUCAGUCACCUGCUGAGCCAGUACUAUGGAGCCGGGGUAGCCGGAGACCCAGGAUUUCGAAGCAACUUUCGACGGCACAACGGAGCUGCUCUGACUUCGGCCCCAAGCCUGACCCAGCAAGUAUGGGGGGCCCUCAUCCUGCUACAGAGACUAGAGCCAGCACACCCUCAUCUACAGGGCAUGAGCCAAGAAGAGCUGGCACAGGUGGCCACCCACGCUACCAAGGAGUUCACUGAGGCUUUCCUAGGGUGUCCAGCCAUCCACCCGCGUUGCCGCUGGGGUGCCGCACCGUACCAGGGCCGCCCGACGUUGCUGAAGCUGCCGCUCGGGUUCUUGUAUGUGCACCACACGUACUUGCCCGCGCCACCCUGCACCAGUUUUGAGAGCUGCGCCGCAGACAUGCGCUCUAUGCAACGUUUCCACCAGCAGACACGCGGCUGGGCCGACAUAGGAUACAGUUUCGUGGUGGGCUCAGACGGCUACGUGUACGAGGGCCGCGGAUGGCACUGGGUGGGUGCGCACACACUCGGCCACAACUCCCGCGGCUUCGGCGUGGCCUUGAUAGGCAACUACACCGCGGUGCUGCCCUCAGAGGCCGCGCUGCGAGCGGUGCGAGACGAGCUCCCGCGCUGCGCUAUACGCGCCGGCCUCCUGAGGCCAGACUAUGCGCUGCUAGGCCACCGCCAGCUCGUGCCCACUGAGUGCCCUGGCGACCUGCUCUUCAACCUGCUGCGCACCUGGCCGCACUUCGACAAGAACGUGAAACCAAGAACUGCCAGGAGGGCCUCCAGCAGAUCCAAGAGAAGACCACCUCCAACGAUACUGCUAUCCACUGACCUCCAAUAAAGAGACCUUGGAAAGACUUCCCUGGUGGUCCAGUGGUUGAGAAUCCACCUGCCAAUGCAGGGGAUAUGGGUUUGAUCUCUGGUCUGGGAAGAUUCCACAUGCUGUGGAGCAACUACGCCUGUGGUCACAACUACUGAGCCCAGGCUCUAGAGCCUGUAAGUCGCAACUAUCGAGCCAGAGUGCUGCAACUACUGAAGCCUUGCACACCUAGAGCCCUGUGUUCCACAAGAGAAGCCACCACAAUGAGAAGCCUGAGCACUGCAAUGAAGAGAAACCCCCACUUGCUGAAACUAGAGAAAGCCCACCCACAACAACAAAGACCUAGCACAGCCAGAAAAUAAAAUGAUUUUUUAAAAACAUUAAAAAAAAAAGGACAUGAAUAGAAAGCCUGUGUUCAAGCACCAUCUGCAUUUGCACAUUCAGUUAUAGUUUGGGGUUGCCCAGAAGCAGACCCUGGGACAAGAAUCCCAGUGGAAGUAGUUUGUCUGGAUGGUGAUCCCAGGACAUAUCACCUGGGGAAUAAGGAAAUGACACAAGGAAGGGAAGUCAUGUUGAUAUGGGAGGCACGUGGAGCUCCAUCCUACUGGGGACAUCUGGGGGACCAUGUAGGGCAUAUACCUCACAGACAUCCCACUUAAAGGGCAAGGGAGCUGGAGUACUGAUCCUCCAAGUCCCGUUGUCAUUGUUUGAGGGCAGCCCCCUGGUUAUUUUCUCUUUUUUCUGUUUAGUCACUCAGUAGUGUCCAACUCUUUGCAACCCCAUGGACUGUAGCCCACUUGGCUCCUCUGUCCUUGGGAUUUCCCAGGCAAGAAUACUGGGGUGGGUUGCCAUUUCCUUCUCCAGGGGAUCUUCUCAUGUCUCUUGCUUGGCAGGUGGAUUCUUUACCACCAAGCCACCUGGGAAGCCCCGAGCUCCCAGGGAGGUGUUAAUGUGCUGACACUUUGGGAUUGCUAGCUGUACGGGCAAUGUAGACUCCACCUGUCAGAAAAAAGUCCUCCAGCAAAAAUGCAGGGAUGGGGCCAGUGCACAGUGAAGAGGUGAAGGCUCAGAGAUCCAGCAGGACCCUGGGAGAAGCUACCUGUGCGUGCAGUGAGUGGACCGAGUGCCGCAUGGAUGAGGAGGACGUAGCUAAGGUGUGUGCACCUGCGUGAACAUGUCCAGCCCCUGGACAAGGGUUUUUGAUCCUCAUUGAAGACCCUCCUCCUCAGGACAGGUUAUAGAAUGUUUGAGGCCCUGUGCAAAAUGAAAAUGCAGGCCCCUUGUCCAAAAAGCAGGAACUUCAAGACAGCGACAGCAGAGCAUUAAAUCAAGCUCAGUGUAGAGCCCUGAGCAUGGGGCCCUGGGUGACUGCACAGGCCACAUGCUAAUGAGGGCAGUUCUACCCAUCCCAUCACCUAAACGCUGGUCACCCUUGCCUUUGCACAAUCUGUUCCUUCUAUCUGGUAUGCCCUUCCCACUACCAGUUCUUUCUCAUGCUUCGGGUCACAAAUGCCAGCUCAUCAUGGAGGCCCUCCUGGGUUUUUCCAGUUCAAAGUGGGUCUCUUGUGCUCAGCCUCUGCUCUAGUCUGUUUGUUUUUUUUUUAAGUCCUCCCUCCUCACCAAUGUAGAAGUGUCCUACAUUCAUGUUUAGGACUUGUCUGUCUUGCUGUACUGUGAGUUCCAGAAAGGCAGGAAUCAAGUUCGUCUUGUUUCUUGUCGCUUCUCCAGUACCAGCACAUAGCAGGCAUGAAGGGAACAUUGGUUGAAGAAACAAGGUGUCCCAUUAUAAAUCUUUUGAAACUGAUGUUAUCAUCUUGUACAAAUCAGGAAACCAAGACUCAGAGAGAGGAAGUGACUUGCCUGAGGUCACACAGUGAGAGAAGGACCAGCUGGCACUCAAACUCACCCUGGGACCAGUGGGCCAGUAUUCUAUUGAUUCUCACAUUAACUCACUCAUUCCUUUGAACAGCAUUUGGACAUCCUUUUUUUUUUUUUUUCAAGUGAACACUUAUUGUGGCAUAACAGAGAUGCAAGAAAGGGCACCCAAAUGCGUGGUUAAUGAAUUUUCACAGCAGAACACACCCAUGUAACCAACAUUCAGCUCAAGAAAUAAAAGAGGUUAUAUUUA